AUGGAACCCCUGCCAGGCGGCGUGCCUACCGUCGCUGGUCGCACACCCAUCGCCUGUCAGAACUGCGCCAACGCAAAGACCGGUUGUGAUAAGAGGGUACCUUGCUCGCGAUGUGCAGAGAAGAACCUUCCUUGUGCUGCCAGAUUUGCGAGAAGAUCAUCCAAGGCAGCUGUCAGAGCCGCCCAGGCCAGCGCUGCUUUCCAACAACAGAUGAUGCCCACCGCACCUCCACCACCACAACCGGCCCAGCCGGUUGCCUUUAUGGAUUUGGAUCCGACAUUGCCCAAGCAAGAUUCCCCAGGGAAGAUGUCGACAGGCUCUCCAAUCGCAACCAUGGAUCCUCGCAUGGCUGAAGUGGCCAUGAAGAAAAGCUCGCCACCACAAUCGCAUCGCAGUCCUGAUGAAUUCCCUUCACCUCACAGCCGAGUCGAUGGGCUCGAUGAAUUCAUGCAGCUCAACAACGACUUCAUCACACCAGAUACCAAUUACCAAGACAUGCUGGUGUGGCCGGAAUAUCCCUUGGAACUUGACAUGUACUCAAGUCAAAUGCCUAUGGCGCGUCCUGAUAUGUCGAUGCCCAGCUUCACCGAGUUGAGUGACAUGUCUUCAACCUCCGCCUCCGAGCCAAUGACGGCUUCAUCAUCGCGUGGAUCCAUUCACACCAGAAGCACCAGCAUCAUGUCCACUGCUGACUUCGACACAACAAUGAAGCCCACAGAACCAGUUAUGGGUAUCUUGAGUGAGUCGAUGAUUCCCGAAUUCGAGGUUGUCAUUGCCGCCGAAGACUCGUGGCCUCUCGCUCGCUGCAACCCCCCCAUCUACUCAGGUACUUGCCCAAGAACCGCCAUCGUUCACCUGGAGUGCCUCGAGCGGAAGUCCAAGGAGGAUGGUACCUGGAACUCCCUGGAGAAGUAUCUCGAGAAGGUCGACUGGGAUGCAUCGGAUGCGUCUGUAGUCCCCCUCACUUCUCGUACACGCGACCGGAUGCUGGCCAUCACACAGUCGUUCCUUCAGAAAGCCCUUGAGAUUCACCGCAGCGGCCUCAACAACGGUUACUCCAAGGCCGGUUAUGCGACUCCGAGCGAAUUCAACUUCAUUGUGCUUCCUCCUACUAAGAUUCUCGAGUACUUCCUUCGCAGCUACGUCCGCAGCUUGCAAUACUACUACCCUCUCAUCGUCGCUGGAUGCGUGGACCCUAAUGAGAUGCUCCUGAACAACCAGGCAUCGACCCUUCUCGUUUUAUUGAUGAUUGCUCAGGGUGCGUCGAAUGUGCCAAUGGCGGAGGCGAGGUAUCUCGCUGCCGGCCUCACAGAAACGUGCCGUAUCUCCCUCUUCGACAUAAUCGAAAAAGACGUCGAGUUGUCGGCUGACCCAGUUGCUCUUCGAUGCGCCUUGCUAUUCACUUUGCUCGGUGCUUGGAGUGGCGACAAGUGGUUGAUGGACAUUUCGAUGGGACAGAGGGGAAUGUAUCUAUCAAUGCUCAGACACGCCGGCAUGUUGGAGCCUCAACCAUCGAUGAUUCCGACUCUGAACAGCACAACUAGCACGGAGUUGCAGUGGCGGGCGUGGCUACACCGUGAGAUGCAAAACAGGCUCGUUUACAACUGGGUCAUGGCCGACCAAGAACUCAGCCUGUUCCACGACACCCCGCCCCAGCUUGCCAUCACCGACCUUCAAUGCCCUUUGCCCAGCCCCGAAUCUCUCUGGCUCUCUUCCAAUUCGGAGCAAUGGUUCGCCAAUGUGCAGAACAUCUAUGGCUGCACUGCUAACGUGAACCCUCAACUCUUAACAAGCCCGUCCCUUACUCCUUCUCUUUGCGAGCUCUUCCAGGACUUCAUCCAUGACAACCUCUCUCGUCGCCACGGAAGCUUGUCACCUCAGCAGCUUCGCCUUCUCCUCCAUCCCCUCCAGGCUCUCCUCUGCCAUCUGAGACAGAUGCUCUCAUGCUUCUCUGAUGUCAUGUCAACCCGGCGGGCAACUUCACGCACCGUGACCAAGGCGAGCACCAUGCUCCGCCUCGAAGAGGUUCAGGCCCUCCUCCAGAAGUGGUACGAACUCACCAUGUCGCUAUCCAAGAGCAACCCUGACUGCGGCACCACGCGCUGCAACUUGGUCCUCUAUCACCUCAUCUCCCUGAACGCCGUCACCAACUUCCCGGAAAUCGAGCGCCUCGCUCGCCGUGAUGGCUUUGACGGCUCCUACUGGGAGUUGAGCUUGCGCCACAAGCGAUGCGUCUACAACCGCGAGGAGGCCAUCUUCCACUGCGGCCAGGUCCUGCGCCUCCUGCGCUCCAUGCCUGCUGACCGCCGCCCAUGCUGGUGGCCUGCCGGUGUAUACCGCGCGACUCUCAUUCUCUGGGCCGACAGCGUUGCGCGUCUCGACCCCAACUUCCAAAAGGCUCAACAGGCCUCGCAGCAGUCGCAAGCUUCGUCUUCUCCUGCUUCGCAACACCAGGCUCAGAGCCCCGAGCAGCUCAGCGGCGCUGGCGCCUCCAAUGCGGCCACGAGCGGUCAGUCCCACGGCAGCGGCAACAUUGUCGCCAUUGACCAGGUCACACCCGAGGACCCGGCCGUCAUCUCCUACCUCUGGAGCGGAGGCGACGGCGUAGCGGUCCUCACCCGGCGUGAUGGAACCACAAUGGGCCUGGAUACGCCAUCCGAGGUGAUCGGAUACGGUGUCAUGGCCAUCGAGGAGGGCGUGACCUACCGUAUCGGCGAUGGCAUCAGACGCAAACUCAUGUCACUGAACAACAACUGGAACGUCGAUGGUCUCAGUGCUACUGCUACCGCUUAA